UCCCAGUUUGGACACGAUGGGCCAGGUGACCUCUCGUCGAGCUGUCUCUUUUAAUCGAGAGACUGCAUUUGAGUGUGUGCGCAGGAGUCAGCUGGGAGAACAUUCCCAAAUGAUCGUGUUGCUUGUUUACUUGGCUGGGGGGGGUUGGAGGAGGAUCCAUCGGUCGCCGGGCUGGGGGAGUCCCAAUACCGAGGGGAGGGCGGGGAAGGAAAGUUUUGUAAUGAGGCACAUGACCGGAGCAAGCCGCUGGUUAAUGUGGAACUGGCUGUGAUUCGCUCUGGGGUUGCAGGAGAAAGGCUUUGAGCUGCAUUUGUGUUUGCAAAGUGUGUGUUUAAUGCAGAGAGUUGCAACAUGCAGGCUGCACUGCAAACGGAGGUCUACGUGUAUGAGAAGGUGGUGAUAUCCAUCUCCUGCCUGCUGAGUGUCCUGGGCUCGGCACUGAUCAUCGCCAUCCACUUGCGGUGGCCCGACCUUCGGAGCAAGGCUCGCCAGCUCCUGGUCUACCUCUCAGUCGCGGACCUGCUCUCGGCUCUCUCCUACCUCUACGGGGUGCUGCGGGACUUCCAGAGCUCCUCCUGGGAUUGUGUGCUGCAGGGAGCCCUGUCCACCUUCGCCAACACCAGCUCCUUCUUCUGGACGGUGGGCAUUGCCAUCUACCUAUACCUGCUCAUCGUCAGGUCCGAGCAGAGCGUGGCUGACAGCCUCAUCGUCUGGUUCCACACCAUUAGUUGGCUUGUGCCUUUAGGAAUCACGAUGGCUGCAGUCAGCCUGCAGAAAAUAGGUUACGAUGCAUCUGACGUGUCGGUGGGUUGGUGCUGGAUCAGCAUUGAUGCAGAAGAUAAUGUCCUGUGGAUGCUGCUAACAGGCAAAAUCUGGGAAUUCGUAGCUUACAUUACCUUGCCAACACUUUACAUCCUCAUUAAGAAACACAUCUACAGAGCGCAUGAAGCCUUAUCAGAGUAUCGUCCAAUCCUCAUCAGCAGCUCCAGUUAUCAUUCGAGGUCUUCGAUUGCAGACCGCAAGCUUACCAUUAUUCCCAUCAUAUUCAUCUUCCUUCGGAUAUGGAGCACAGUGAGGUUCAUACUGACGCUCUACGACUCUGCUGCUGUGCAGAAUCGAAUCCUGGUAAUGCUGCAUGGGAUAGGGAACACCUUUCAAGGAGCAGCCAAUUGCAUUACAUUCGUCCUUUGCACUCGAGCUGUUCGAUCCCGGCUGGUUUCUGGUCUGUGCAGCUGUUGCAAGGCUGAGACUGAUCUGGUGCCCUAUAAAGCCAUGGUGAACAACUGCGAGGAAGUGCAGCCCUGAUUCCUCCAUGCAGACUUCCAUACAAAUGUUCUUCAAGGACACUGGAGCAAACUGACUUUCAGCUGCUUCCAGCAAAACUGGGGCACAACAUAUGCUGCACUUUUGUUGUAAGGAACGGGUUGUUUCAUUUGUGUGGUGUUGAAGAUGGAGAUCAGCUUUUUUUUUGAUGGUGCUUGCUGCCGAAUACACUGACUGUGCCCAGUUCAGGAGCCUAGAGCUAGAAACAUUCAAGCAAUUGAACCACCAAAGAAGGGUGUUUUCAGAACCACGGUGCCUCUAGUCCAUUCAAAAUCAGUUGUGUUCUUGUUAAACUUGGGUAUUACAUUCUGUAAAGAAAUCUUCACUCCACUUUGUACUUUCUCCUGCAUGCUUGCUCUCUCUCUUAUAAUACUGAGGCACAAGGUGUGAUUUCUGUUGGUACACACUGCUGGUUAUUUUAGUAAAGGAGCUGGUUAAAGUGGUUGCGCAGCUGGUUGUAAUUCCCAACUCAACCAGUUACCAACUUGCCUUCAUAAUCCCAUUUUGAACUUUACCUUGCUCACCUCAAAGCUCCUACAAGAAUUUUGGACAAUAAUUUGACAGUGUGUUGUCCAGUGAACCCCCUUGUUAAACACAUUUCUCUCCUAGUUCUGAUGUAUCAUCCUCAAUGGAGCCCUAUUAAGUCUGAUUCAAAUUCUACUUGUUCAUUAAUGCUGAGAGGCUGCAGGGAAUUUGGGCUGAUCAUCUCCUAAUUAUAAUGUCAAUACUGGCACAUGAUGGCUUGUACACUUUGAAAUUAUCUUCCUAAAUCACUUCACUAUCUCAAUGUUUCUUUUUUAAAAAAACUUGUUUUUAUUUUUCCUACUCUUGGGCAAUCUCAAUCGUAUUGGCUCCAUGCUGUAAUAAAUAGACCAUGCACAAAGCAUUGUGUUCACUUAACAAACAAAGAUCUUCAUAAAUAUAACAUUUUGUCUUCAAAACCACUUUGAAUAGCUUGUUUUCCAGCAACUGAUCUUUUCAUCUCAUGCAGAAGGAUCCACUCGCUGUCCUUGGAAAUAUUUUGGGCUGAUUUGUGUUUCAUUUGUCCCUAUGGGAAUGUGAAAUGAAAUCUAAGGAUGUGGGUGGAGUGGGGAGGGGAAAAUAAAAUUUAACAAGGCAUUGACUUUGGUCACAUUCUGAGACCUUCAGUUGCAUAGUGAUGACCACUCCAGAUGGUGGAAACUUGCUUUUGGCCAGUUUGCUUUGAAAUGGGCAGGGAGCAGUGGCUGUUCCCAAUAAUCUCCCUCCAGCUGUUUAUAAUCUAAAAUGGUGUUCACAGAAAUUAGACCUCAACUUACUUAGUGAAUGAGAGAGGUCCAUCUUCACUCAUUGUUCAUUAUGACUUUGUAUAAGGAAACCUCUUUUGUACUUAGGAAUGAAACUAAACAAUGUUUUGAUUAAGCAACCCUGGUCUUCGUACUAACAGUGUGAAAGUAAAUAUACUUUCAAUAGCUGCACUCCAUUUUGGUGACAAGUUAUUUACUUUGAGUUUCUCACUGGGUGAGAGGAGUAAUCAGGACAUCCUGAAGAUCAUGUAACUUCCUCCUCGAUAGAUUUUGUCCCCUGGAAAAUAGCCCAGUGGUUCACAUCUGCAUUGUGACAUUUGAUUUUUUUAAAAGAAGAGUGGCAUUACCAACAUCUGCAAACCCAUGAGAACAGCACAUCUCUGUGAUUCUAUUACAUAUUUCAUUUAAAACUUUGUAAAUUAAUCUUCUAGAUCUGUGUAACCUGUCUCACCUCCUGAAUGUUGUACUAAGGAAGUGAUCCAUCACACUUUGGAAAUCUAGGACUAUUUUCUCAAUAGCUUUGAGGAUAAAUUUUGGACCAUUGUUUUUGUUUAUAUAGCAGACGUGUGUAAUGUAUUUGCCUAUUGUAAUAAAGUAUUUUUGCUAGACUGC